GUGUACUUCAUGUGACGGAAAUGAACGUUAAUGUUGACACGAUUAUCAAUAAUAAAUUGCCUAUUUUAAUGAUUCACAAUUUACUUAGUGAAUCUCGUUUUGAUUAACGUAACUUACCCUUUUAUAAUGACCAUUGCUUAACCUCAGCUUUGGCAUGUUGGCUAUCUGAGGCUAAAUCGAUAAGACUUAGUUAAGUUACUUAUAUACAACUUGUCAGUCAGUUAAUUUAAUGUUUUCAACUGCACUUCAACUUCAAUUUCAUCGAGUUUCAUCCCGAGCCGUUGUUAGUCGUAUUAGGAAGGACAAAGUCAUUGAAGACACCAUUGUUAUUGAAGAUGUCAUAUCAGUCUGGUAUACCACAGGACCCAAAUCAGCUUGCCCAGACCAUAGGGUCAAAUAUUCUGAAGAUAUCACAGCAGACAUCUGAGAUUCAGCGAAUAGUAAACCUGCUUGGAACACCUCAGGACACCAGUGAACUCCGACAACAACUGAAACAGAAACAGCAACAUGUUGGUCAGCUUGCUAAAGAAACAGACAGGUGCAUGAAAGAAUUUGGUUCCCUUCCGGUGACAACUGAACUGCGCCAAAGGAAAAUACAGAAGGAGCGUCUUGUGAAUGAUUUUUCAAAUGCCCUGGCUAUCUUCCAAAAGACACAGAGACAAGCUGCUCAGAAAGAGAGAGAGUUUGUCGACAGAGUUCGUGCCAACUCCAGACUAUCGGUUGGCUACACAGAUGAAGAGGCCAGAGGAUAUACUUCACCCUUUGAAAGCAGUGGCCAAUCUCAGGCCCAAACCCAGGAGGAUGCGAUCACAGAAGAUGAUCUCCAACUCAUUCUGGAGAGGGAAUCCUCUAUCAGGCAACUGGAGUCUGAUAUAAUGGAUAUUAAUGAAAUUUUCAAAGACUUGGGAAUGUUGGUUCAUGAUCAAGGAGAAAUGAUCGACAGUAUAGAGGCCAAUGUGGAAAAUGCUGAGGUCAAUGUGCAGUCUGCUACCCAGCAGUUAUCAAGGGCUUCAGACUAUCAGGCAAAAUCACGAAAGAAGAUCUGUAUACUCAUUGUGAUAGUGGUAGUAGUGGCAGUUGUUGUUGGAUUGAUCGCUUGGGGAGCACUAGGAGGCAACUAAUAAUCAACUCCAUCCCCACCACACAUUUAACAUGUAUCUCUGACAUAUUUUAACAUUCAUAUUGUAUGUAGCCCUUUUCCUUAUUUUAAUCAAGGUGUACAAAGAUCAACUUGCUUUAUUCAAAACAUAUGAUUAAUUGAAGUAAAUGUAUUUUUAUUUCCAUGUAUGUAUCAUUGUAGGUGGGAAAGGUCCAUGAUCUAGAUAUGGGGGGUUAAAAUUUAUAUGGAAUUUGGCAAGAUUUUGAGAACACUUGUAAAUGUACAGUCUUUCUCAAUCUAUGUAAGUUUUUAAAGUGUAAAGAUUCUGUAAAUAUAUAUGCACCAGUAUACAAUGUCUUGCAUCACCCACCCUGUAUGUAUUCCAUCUGAGACACUACCACUACCACUACCAAAGCCUGACUUACAUCACACACAUAUUUUCAUGACUCGUGAGUCGGGUACAAAAAUAAUGUUACCAAAGCCUUUUAGUUUACCAGAUUAUCAAAGUAUGUGUUAACACAAGCACAUGAUGAAAUGGUUUCAUAUUCAGUUUCCCUUUCUGUGAUUUUCUUUUGCAGUGGUCAAACAGGCAGGGAAAAAAUACUUUGGUCCAAGCUCUUAAUACUUGACUUAAUACAUUCCAUUCUGAUGAAUAUGAAAUGGAACAUUUACGAAAUCUUUUUUUUCCCUUUUAAAAAAAAACUAAAAUCUAAUUUCUGGUGUUA